AUGGCGUCGAUGCCUUUCUCUCCCAUGUCCUCUCCCUGCGACUCUUACUCCUACACUCGCUCAGUCAACACUCCCAUGACCAACAACAACAACAGUAACAAGUACCAUAGCCGGUCAAGCAGCGAGUCGUUACUGUUCACGCCUCCUCUCUCCCCUACCGAGGAGCAGCUCUUAGCCUUCUUGAUCCCUGACAUCGAGCCUUCCGAGUUGGCCGCCUAUCUGUCUGCUCCUGCUACUCCCAUCCUCUCUGAUGUCUCCUGUCUUAUCGGCAAGAACCUCUCCUCCAUGAACCAUGAAGAUCAAGAGUCCUGCUACAACAUCGAGGCCGUCUACCCCAGCCCCGUCUGCGCCGCCGCCGCUGCUACUGUCGCUGCCCUCCAUCGCAAUGCCAAGUCCUUCCCUGCUCUUUCAGUCUCGCCUUCCGCAACGGCUGUCGCUACUACCACCACCACUACCCUCUCCUUCAGACCUCUCCAAUCUUUGACUAACUCCAAGAAGCGUUCCUCGAUGUACGCCUUUGUUGGCUCCGACGAUGAGGAGGAUAAGGAGGAGAUGCCCCUGCCCACCGACUUUACCUCCAGCCCUACGGUCUAUGUAAUGUCGAGCCGUAAUACCCGCAAGCGCCUCAUGCUCGAGCAGGCCUUUGUCAGCCCCGAUGAGGAGGAGGACAACAACAGUAUCAACAACUGUUACUCCCAGAUCUUCCACGGUGCCUCCUCGGACGAGUUGGACAUGACAACCGAGCUCUCCAGCACCCUUGCCUAUGAUCUCGUUCUUGCCUAA